AUAUCAUUGUCACACCUCACACAGAUAGUCGACCCAGAGUCCGGGCAUAGUUGGAGGUCGAAGACAGCAGAAAAGUGACAUACAGACCAUGUCUAGGAAGAAGAAUGCCAAACCGGGAAGGAGCAAGCCGUUUAGAAAUCGAAAUGGGCAAGGCAGCUGGAACGACUUUCCCGUCAGCGAGCGGACGAACAAGCUGUUCGAAGAGUACUACAAAGGCCAAGGCAUAUUAUCCGAGGAAGAGUGGACACCGUUCUUGGAAAGCUUGAAGAAUGAUCUGCCAACGACGUUUCGGAUCACCGAGUCAAGAGCCCACGCAUCGGUCAUCAAUGACAUGAUCAAAACCCGGUUCCUUCCUGAGAUGCAGAAUGUCGAACUCGAUGGCAAAAAGUUCGAUCCACCUUUCCAAAUCCCAUGGUUCCCCGGCUCGAUGGCUUGGCAAGUUGAUGCACCCAAACGAGUCAUCCGUAAAUCCGAGCCAUUUAAGCGAUUCCAACGAUUCUUGGUUGGCGAGACGGAAGUAGGAAAUCUGAGCAGGCAAGAGGCCGUCUCGAUGAUACCACCCCUUCUGAUGGAGGUCAAGCCUCAUCACGCCUGUCUGGAUAUGUGCGCUGCUCCGGGCUCGAAGACGGCUCAGAUCAUCGAAGCCUUAAAUCCUCAUCAUACGAACUCUCCCGGUCUCCUAAUCGCCAACGAUGCCGAUCAUAAGAGAACCUUUAUGCUGGUUCACCAAACUGGUCGGAUGCCGAGCAAAGGAUUGAUUGUGACCAAUCUGGACGCCAGUAUAAUCCCAACCAUGAGUUUGGGAAACGGAGAGACUCUGCGGUUCGAUAGAAUUUUAGCCGAUGUCCCAUGUAGCGGUGACGGAACACUACGAAAAAACCUGGAGAUCUGGGGCAAAUGGGGCUGCAACGAUGGCAACUCUUUGCACUCGCUUCAGCUGCGGAUCUUGCUGCGUGCCAUGUCCCUGAUGAAACCAGGCGGUCGUCUGGUCUAUUCUACGUGCUCAUUCAACCCUGUGGAGAACGAGGCUGUGGUUGCCGCUGCUCUGAAUACCAAUAAAGGCCAAUUCUCCAUCGUAGACGCUUCCGGUUUGCUUCCCAACCUGAAGAGAAGGCCAGGUCUCUCAUCUUGGAAAGUCGCCACACAAACUUCGGGGGCAGAGAAGCAGAUUGUUUGGCAGGAUUCUUUCGAGGCAUACGAGUCUUAUGUGAAGGAUCUGCCGGAGUCCGACCGAGAGAAAACCCGCUCAUGGUCGUCAACUCUAUGGCCACCUGCCAAUGCUGAAGAGCUUGGCUUGGAACAUGCCCUGCGAUUGGUGCCUCACGAUCAGGACACUGGUGGUUUCUUCGUCUGUGUCAUCGAGAAGAUUGGUGCCGCAGAGACUGAGCCUGCCAAUGUCGAGCUCUCAGUACCGCCUCCUCUGGAUGAUGUGGUUGUGGCAGAUGAGACUGGCACGUCUACUUCUGCCAAACGAGCAGGAUCUCCGUCCAUUGAAGAAGGGUCCAGCAAGCGAUCAAAAUCCGAACCAGAAGCCUCAGGAAGCAAAUCGCAGGCACAGUCCAAGAGGCAGAAGCGGGACAUUGGCUUCAGAGAGGAACCGUUCUCUUACGUUGACCCGGACCACGCAGAGAUCAAGAGCAUAGCAAAUUAUUUUGCCUUGAAAGAGGAGUUUCCGAAAGACAAUUUCUUGGUCCGCAACGAGUACGGCGAUCCUGUCAGGGUUCUUUACUUAACGAACGACAUCGUCAAGAGAAUCGUCCAGAACAAUGACUUUUCUCGCAUGCGCUUGAUUUCAGCCGGCAUGCGAGGGUUCGUCAGGCAAGACUCUGCGCAACGUGCAGAGUUCUACUGCAAAUGGCGAAUCCCUUCCGAGAGCAUCCUAGAGGCUGUUCCUUACCUCGGCGACGAUAAAAUAAUUGACACGGAUGUUGCGACCCUCAGAAUGCUCAUCGAGGAGCAAUAUCCCCCCAUUGUCAAGUUCAGUGAAGCUUCUCAGAAAUGGAUGAAUGAGAUUCCUCUAGGAAACACGAUCGUUCGAUUCAUGCCAGGUGACGAGGCUGAGGGACAUCUGUCCAUGCCCCUGAUAAUGCCCGUCUGGAAGGCGAACACCUCGAUGGCACUUCUCAUCGAUAAGAAGGAGAAGAGCAUGCUAUCUCUUCGCACCUUCGGGGAGGAUAUUUGCACGUUUGCUCCGCUCAAGGAUAACAAGGACGAGGAUGCCGCGGAUGAGGAGGCAGCAGAAGAGGGCGCUGCGGAUCAAGCCGUGGAAGAGGCUGAGGGGGAGGAGGGAGAAGAGCGGGCUGUGAACAAGUCAUAAUAAGUCAAGCAUACAUUACUCGCAAAUUUCUUGUCAACAUGCAUGCGAGAUUCGAUGCAGGUACCAAACCACCCUUGCCGAAAGGGUUCUCCUAACCCCCUGUGAAAUCGGAACAGCCAUUUGUGCUAAG